AUGCGGGCGGAGGGUGCCAACGCCGAAUCGUUUCUCGAGUCCAACGCCCCGGACACGAUCACCUACAACACGCUCAUCGCCGCGUGCGUCGCGUCCAACAAGUCCGCACGGGCGUCGGCCCUGCUCAAGGACAUGAUCGCCGCGGGCGUGCCGAGGUCGAAGCGGACGUACUUCAUCUACACCGCGCUCAUCGACGCGCAGAGCAAGGGGGGCGAUCCAAACGCCGCGUUCGAGACGUACGGUAAGAUGAAGGCUGCGGGGGUAUCUCCGACGGUUGUCACGUUUGGGUGCCUGCUCAACGCGUGUCGGCACUUUGCGUCAUCCGGCGCCGGCGAGUCCGACGUCGAUCCCGCCGAGCUGGCGUACGCGCUGCUGUCGGAGAUGAGCGAGCGCGGCGUCGUGCCCAACGACAGGUGCCAGAACGCGCUCGUGCGGGUCGUCUCCGAGGCUGGCAGAAUCGACGAUAUGCUCGACGAGGUCAAGGCCAUCGCCCGACGUCGCGGAAAGUUUGAGCGCACGACGCUGGAGGGGGUGGUUCGAGCGCUGUGCCGGGCUUCGUACGCGGAGCGCGCGCUACGAAUCUUGUCGUGGAUGGACGUCCGCGGGUACUCGCCCAGCGCCCCGACGUACAGGGCCCUCGUCCAGGUGUGCGCCACGGAGGGCCAGGUGCAGUGGGCGUGGACGCUUCACCAGCGGAUGCGCCGGCUUGGGUACCGCCCCGAUCGGCCCACGUGCUCCGCGCUGACGCAGGCGCUGUGCCGAGCGGCGGUGGCGACGGACUCG